AUGGCAUCAUCUAACUUAAAACUCCUUUGCACCUUAUUGAGUAGGAUUCGAGUCGAAAAUGUGACAAUAAAAAGGAAUCUCUAUCAGCCACCAAAAUAUCGUCCACCGCAUUGGUACAUGCCAAAAGAGAGAGUGUUGACUGAUGAUAUGGUUACUCAAGACAAUAGGGAUUUUAUUGAUGAAGUAAGACAAGAUAAAUUAAAUUUGCAAACUGCAAUGGAAUCACCCCUCAGUAAAAUCGAGCCCCAAGAAACCGUACAGUGGAACCCAACUACUAGAAGAGUUGGUUUAAUAGCCCGAAAGAUUGGAAAUUAUCCACUAUGGACAAAAAGUGGAAAAAAAGUGCAGACCACUUUGCUUCAGGUGGUGGACAAUCAUGUCAUAAAAUACAUACCACCAGAAGAAUACACACCUGCAAAAGAUUAUAAACCUAAAAAAGUUGGAAAAUAUAGAUUAGGAUGUAUGCUAGUGGGAUCAGAAACUAUAGACCCCACUACAGUCACUAAAGAUUAUUGCGGCAUUUUUAGUAGUGUGGGAAUGCUACCUAAAAGACAUUUGUGUCGUUUUCAUGUGUCACCAAAUGCACAACUGCCCACAGGCACACCAUUGUUUGCUACUCAUUUUAGAGUUGGUGACUAUUUAGAUAUAAGAGCCAAAACUAUUGACCGAGGCUUCCAAGGAGUUAUGAAGAGAUGGGGAUUUAAGGGCAUGCCUGCUUCUCAUGGUGUAACUAAAACUCAUAGAAGACCAGGAAAUAUUGGAGCCGGUGGUGAAAAGGCUCGUGUAUGGCCUGGAACGAAAAUGCCAGGUCAUAUGGGCAACAGAUGGAGAAUAUUAAGGGGUGUCAAAAUACUCCGCAUCAACACUAAGCACAAUGUGCUUUGGACAUUGGGUGUUGGCAUCCCUGGUGAAACUGGUGCAAUGUGUUAUCUUUUUGACACUGUUCUCCCAUUGAAGAAAUUACAGACACCACCCCCCUUCCCUACUCAUCCACCUGCCGAAGAUUUGCCACUUGAGUAUUAUGAUGAAUCUAUACACUUAUUUGAGCAACCCUCAAUAACUUUUGAAGAAACCUAA